GGGUGACAAAAAGGAACUCGUCGGGCGGGAUCUCCAUCUUGGACGAACGAUCGAGUGGAGCGAUGCGACGGAACCGCGCGGGUCAAGGAGUGCGCUGCUGCUGGUGGGUAGUAGUAGCAGUGCUGGGGAUGAUGAUGCUUCCUGCUGCAUGUGCGUUGGUGGUCGAAAGGCCAUGUUGCAGCGUGAUGGAUCACAUUCCGGCACUGUUUGGAGCGAAUGUGACAUCCGAGGACUUUGUUGGUCGGGAAAUCGUCAAGGUGGAACCAUUUGACGCGUGCGUGGGGGACAUCCAGAACGACCUUCGUGGGAAAAUGGCACUCAUCGUCCGCGGCGACUGCAACUUUGCGUGGAAGGUGCUGCAAGCCCAAAGGGCCCAUGCCGUUGCCGUCGUGGUGAUGGACUUACAACCGCGAUCUCCCCACGAACUAUGGGAAGUGCAGAUGGUCGGUGACGGCAACGCAUCCGACAUCCACAUCCCAUCCGUAUAUGUCUCGCAUGAGUCGGGGAAUACGAUCCUCCAAGGCCUCGAACAAAACCAAUCGGUCCUUGUGACCCUCAACGCGACCGGCCAUCGCACGUCGUUGCAGCGACGGCAUCACACGGUGCUCGAAGGCGUCGUGCUGUAUGUGCUGUCGACGUCUGUGAUGUUUCUUGUCCUGAGUGGCGCAUGUCUUGCGUUCUCCAACGCCGCCUCUUGGUACCAACGCACAGAGCGCACGCGAGCUGCCAAGCGACUGCCUGUGGUGGCCUAUGAAAUGAAGGGCGACGAUGACGACAGCAUGUGUGCGAUUUGCCUGGAACCGUUCGAACGUCACGUCCUAGUCAAGAUGCUGCCCUGUCGUCACGAAUUCCACCACCCGUGCAUCGAUCCGUGGCUGGAGAAGCAGUCGAGUCAAUGUCCUCUUUGCAAGCAAGACGCGCUUUCCUUAGGUGGGUCGUACAAACUCCCAUCGCCACUCCUACAAGACGUCCUCCCAUCCCUGUUUUCGCUGCACAACAGAACGCACCUCAACUUUCCGUCUGCGUCGUCGCCUUUCCAAAUGCUCAUGUACGCGUGCAUGGUGCUACCCAUUGUGAUGCUGGCCAUUGUGCUUGGUAUUCUAUUUUAACACGUCCCCCACCUUGCUUCUUCGUCGUGUAGUAAUUAUAUAUAUUAUAUACAUCCCAGCAUCCGUCAACAUGUCUUGCCAUCCUUGAUUGUCGAGACAUGAAGCGCUGUUUGUUUCCACCGAUUCCACGCUGACGCCACCAACUCAUGCGACGAUGUCGGCACUUGGAAGAUGCGAUGGAGCGCCGCAAACAACUUCAGGCCGGUGUCGUACGGGUUUUGGUACGCGGGCGGCGGCGGCACCCCCCGCAGAAACGCAUCGUGGCUUGCCGCAUCCAGCAACAUACUCAAACACAGCGACGACGACAUCCGUCGCAUGCGUUCGCCGCCUCUUCCUUCUUCUUCAUCAUCUCCAGCUUGCCGAUCUUCGUCUUCGAGGGCGGCGUGGACAGUCGCGUGCCUAAGCAUUUGUGAAAAAUUAGAUGGGGAAAUGGGCUCCUUCGACUGUUUAUUAUUACCACCACACAAU